AUGUCGGAGCGACAAAAUGUGACGUUGCAGAAACCACCACCACUGCAUGAAACGAGACAUGGCAUCACAAGAGUCAUCCUCGAGGAAUUCAACAAUGUUACGCAACGGUCCGACGACCCUCCCAAGUCCUUCAUUUGCCAUUACGACCUGAAAAAGAUAUGGAAGGACAAGGACCGCAUCAAGGCCGUGCUUCACCCAGACGAUAUCCCCCCCAGUAUUCUCGAUGUCAUCCAAAAGACCAUGUUUACGAUUCUGUCCGUCCUCGUGUCGAUCGGCGCCCAGAACUGCCUGGCGGAAUUCCGCAAGCGACUCUUCGAAUCCAACGGCAGAUAUCCACGUUUCACUGACAGUGACAUACCGCUGGAACGGGACAAAAUCGAUUUUCUCGCAGAGGAGCCCGCUCUGCUGCAGCAGUUCUUCGAGCAACAGCACAAGUUCAGUCCGGUCGUGAUCAGUCUCGAGGAAUUACAGACAUUGAGGGAAUAUGACCCACUCCGACGCCUUCCUUUUGAAACCAUAACAGAAAAUCUUGGGUCUGGUGCUUUCAGCGACGUCAAGCUGGUCGGAAUCCCGCCGAGGUAUUUCAAAGAAGUGGGUGGAUCUGACUACGACCAGGUCUACAAAGUCGCUUGUAAGAAGAUCCACGUGGACAAGAACUUCAAAGAGGAAGUGGACACCCUUCAGAUCUUGAAGGAGAGCCUGACGAGUCAGGACCAUAUUCUCAAACAUCUGGCGACGAUCAAGCAUGGGUUUGAUCGGUACAUCCUCCUCCCAUACGCAAGCUUGGGCGAUCUGUACCAGUUUUUGCACUGCGGCAGAGACGUGGACGACGACUACGACAGUCGGAAGUACAAUUUCAAGGACCGGUUUCGAGAAAUCCCAGAUCCUGGAAGUGGCGAUGUUUCCCGACCGCUGCUGAAGCAGUACCGGGCUCUUGCGGGCGCGCUGAAAUGGUUACACAGCGGCCUCGACAUUGAAUCCAGCAGCAACUCGAGCACCGUCUACUGCGCCCACAUGGAUCUCAAACCGGACAACAUUCUGAUCCAGCCUGAUGGUAAUUCGAUUGUGGGGAAAUGGAUGAUAUCCGAUUUCGGUAUCUCCGUGGUCCAUGAGAAUAAACGCACGAAGAACUCGAAUAUCGUCUCGGUUCGGGACUGGUAUGAAUGGUAUGAACGACACUCUCCCACAUUCACCUUAAACACGCAGCCAAAACGGAAUAGCGGCACUUAUCAAGCGCCAGAGGUCAAGUUUUCGGAGCAGCGGCAGGAGCAUCCUGUGCGCCCGGCAGCCGGUCAGCAAGGAGUCGGGCGGAAAAACGAUAUUUGGUCUUAUGGCUGCAUAUUUAGUGAGGUGCUUGCCUGGGCUCUCGGGCGAGACGGCGAAGUCGAAAACUUCCAUCGUGAGCGGAUGAGAAACCGCGGUGACGAUUACUUUUUCGAUUCCAAAUUCCUCGGUCCGCAAGGUGGUCCGGACCAGCAGUUCGAGGUCCGACGAUCCGUCAUCGACUGGCUGAAUCGGGUACGAGACGAAUCGAGGAGUCCUCACAAAUGGGUUCGUUGCUGGGCGGACACAAUCAAGAACAUCCUGAUUGUGAACCCUGCAGCCAGACCAAGCGCAGAGCGACUCGUAGACCUCGUCGAACAUGUCAAGUAUCACGAGGCGCACUCGAGAGACAAUACUCCGAUCGAGUGUCCCUAUCUGAGCACGUCUGUUCGAGAAGCCCGAAUGGAUUCGGGCAGUGAAGUCAGACCAACGCCUUCUAUCGCGGUGGUUGAGCCUGAGCUAAAACCUCAGAGUCAGCCUGUCCCUAAGCCAGUGCCAGCACCAGUGCCUAAUCCUGAGCCUGUGUCUAAGCCUGAAUCGGAACCUGAGCCACAUCGAAGCCGAUCGAUGCGAAGCCUAUCGACGUACAACACGAAACCGCCUCACGCACAUGGCAUCUUUAUCAACCCAAACACACCGACUGCGCCCACGGCGCAAAACCCCGUUUGUUGGAACCGGGUAAGAGGUGUCGUGGUCGACGUUGCCUUAUCUCAUGAGAAAGAAGGAACUGCAGUGGCAUUUUUGAUGGAAGACCUUGUUCAAAUCUACAAGAUCAGUCUGCAGGAUUUCUCCGUGACUUACCAUCGGAAAUUCGAACUUCCUCGUCCCUCGAAAUGGGAACAUGCCCAGGUAUCAUUUGCCGGCGGAAUGCUCGCAGUUUGGGGGUAUUGUGCGCAGCGGAAGAAAAAAUUGCUCUGUCUCCGCAACGUCGAUGAACCCGGAACAAAUCUCGGACCUCCCAUUUCAGAAGGAGUCGAGAUGCUGAAAACCGUCGCAAUAUCACCGCAAGGGGUUGUUGCUUUGGUCCGUCGCGAGGAUAUCGUGAUUAAACGCGCCAAUUCUGAUGAUGUGCGAUUAUCUCCGCGACCGAGGCAGAAAUUUGCUCACGCGGCUUUCAAUGAUGUUGGCAAUCUGUUAUUCGCCUGGGCGUAUGACAAGACGGAGUCACUCUACGUAUGGAGGGUCAAUAACGGAGUCAUCGAAACGGUGACCGAGUCGGAGAGUCACUAUCCUUCGGAGGAAAGAAGCCCGUCCACCACCAAGGUGAUCCCUUACAACACGUAUCACGGAUGCAUCAUCGCCGCUCCGGAGCAGCGGUUUUUUCCAGCGCAGAUGCGAAGCUCUCUGAUCGACAAUAACGACGACACGCAGCUGCUGCUCAACCGCCACGACAUCCGACUGAAAGAUGUGCAAACGGGGUGUGUGUUCCAAGACCACUCCUUUGUCGCUCUGGAGAGGAAAACAGUCCUAUCGAUAAGGGGCCUCAAGGACAGCUUCUGCUUGAAAGAAUACGAGAUCGAGUAUCAAGCGCAUCAUUUCUUGCAGCGUCAGGGGCCGGAGUUGUGCAAGCUUACUUCCAGAGCGGAGAGCGCUUCGCAGUUGAGAGUGUUGGAAUGCGGUGCCGAUUUGGUGGCCGUGGUCUGUUAUCAGGACGGGGAGAUCGAGUUUGUGAGGUUUUCCCAUUCUGGAUAG